GACUUGACCUUAUGUUUUGAAGUUCAAGCGAUUAUAGGCCUACUGAUAUUUUGGUGUCUGGUUUUACUAUUGGACUGAUCAGAGACCAUGGCAGAGAAACAGACAAAUAACAGCCAAACCAGAGGAAAUUCAACAAAAGAGUUAUAUUCUGCCCCUUGGGUUAGGAACCCUACUACUGAACAACUUGCAGAUGUGGCGAAAAACCUAGGAUUUCAUUUAGAGGAUGAAGAACUCAAGGUUUUCCAUACAAUGAUAAAAGGUAACAUCGAUGUGAUCAACAGUACCGAGUCUUUGGUCGAGCCCCAGUUACCGACAAGGUAUCCUAGAUUACCUGGCUACAGACCAGACUCGACAGAGAACCCACACAAUGCGUGGUACUGGAAGUGUGAAAUUCACGGAGCAACCUCUGGUGGAAAAUUGGCGGGAAAAAGAGUUGCUAUCAAGGAUAACAUCGCCGUGGCAGGGGUGCCAAUGAUGUAUGGCUGCCACGCCCUCGAAGGCUAUACACCAAACUUUGAUGCCACUGUAAUCACAAAGAUAUUAGAUGCUGGAGGAAUAAUCAACGGGAAAACUGUAUGUGAGAACCUAAUCUCAUCCGGAGGAAGCUCAUCAGCUGCAAAGGGUCCUGUACUUAACCCACAUGAUACAACGCGCUCGAGUGGAGGAUCGAGUUCUGGAAGUGCUGUUGUAGUGCAAGUAGGUGAUGCAGACAUGGCGAUCGGUAGUGAUCAGGGUGGAUCUAUCAGGUUACCAUCAUCAUGGACUGGUAUAGUAGGAAUAAAACCUACCCAUGGUCUCGUGCCUCAUACCGGAGCCUUGGGGAUGGAUGCUGCCAUUGACCAUCUUGGACCGAUGGCAAGGACGGUCAAAGACUGCGCCCUCCUUCUCGAGGUUAUUGCCGGCUACGAUGGUGGAAUGGAUCCUCGCCAGCUACCGAACAUUACUGUUCCAGAAUAUACCAAAGAGUUGGAGAAUUCAUAUGUCAACGGACUGAAGAUCGGAAUACUUGAAGAAGGGUUUACGGCACCCAAUGCUGACCAACGAGUCAACGCACUUUUAAAAGACGUCAUCAACAGACUAGCUGAUGUGGGAGUUGGUAUCAAGGACACAUCUAUACCUCUACAUACACAAGGAGGUGCAAUUUGGCAAUGUACAGCCGAGGGUAAUCACGAAAACAUGUUCAGACUUGGAGGAAACGGAACUGGGCAUACGGGUUAUUAUCCAACAAGUUUUGCCAUCGCAUCGGGUAAAAUGUUCACGUCAAGACCAGAUGAUUUACCAGAUACAAUGAAGAUAGUUAUGUUACAAAGCGAAUAUUUGAAGCAGAACUACAUGAGUCAGGUGUACUGUAGAGGUAGAAAUCUUGUCUUUCCUCUCCGCCAGUCAUACGAUGAUGCAUUGAAGACGGUAGAUGUAUUAGCUCUACCAACCAUUCCAUUCACAGCCACUAAGCUUCUCCAGAAAGGGGCGACGAUGCAAGAAUACUUCAAGAACUGCUUUGAGAUGACCCAUAAUACAAUCGGCUUUAAUCUGACUGGUCACCCUGUUCUCAGUGUAAAUGCAGGAUUCAUCGAUGGUUUACCUGUAGGUCUUACGCUAGUUGGGAGACACUAUGAUGAACUUACCGUCUUUAAGGUUGCACAGGCCAUUGAGAACGUCAGAGAUGCUGCCCAUUAAGUGAAUAUUCUUCGAGUGCAAACUAU